AUGGCCGGCAUCCAGCUGCGACAAUCGGCCUCUUCCCCAGUCGCAGCUCGAAACCUUAGCAGGAAUUUGGGUUCUUCUCCAUCUCCGUGCUCUCUCUCCCUUCAUAUUUUCACCAGGAGACCAGUCGGAAGAAGCCGGGUGGUCUCCGUCGGCGUUGCUCCGGUGGCGAGGUUUGGCCGCGGCGGCGGCGGAUAUCGGCCAAGCCCCGGGAGGGGUGGGUCGAGGAGGCCACCGGGAGGUCGCCCUCCUCCCUCCGAUGCCGACGAUGAGGCCCUGGAUUUUAGCAGAUUAACGUACGUGCCGCUGAUAUCUCUGGUCUUUGCGGCGGAAUUAUGGCUAAAUUGCAUCAUUUCUAGUUUCUUACUAUUGGAAAAAAUCCUUUUUUUUCCCUUCCUGAAAGAGAAACUAUGCGAGGAGAAUCUUCCUGUUACGAAGUUGGCCAUGCAUUGGGCUGUUCUUGGGUUCUUACGGAUGAGAGGUGUGAAAGGGUCAUGGCAGAGAUAGACGAACGCAGAGACAUAAUAAUAGCACGUAAUUGUAGAUUAUAAGAGAGCAAGAGGUUUUUAGAAUUGGUUGUGAGAAAUUCGUGGGGCAUUGUCGAUGAAAAGAUUAUCUUCUGAUUUCGGGUCGGAAGGGUUGGAAGUGGGAGAUAAUAGCAAUAACUGGGGAAGGUGUGGAUACUGGAAAAGGAGGGAUUUUGGUAGGCCUUCACUUUAUUCUUCAUAACGGGUUGCAUUCUUUUACCACACUCGUGAGUCGUAUGCAAGUGAUUUAAACUCAGGUCUAAGGAAGAGGUGGAUUUCUAUUCUUGGCUGUAGUUAUGUUUCAAAAGGAGAGCCAAAUGCUAUCCAGCGGGUCCGGAAUCUUGGCUGAAAACAACGCAGAAGAGUUUUGACUAAUUUAUUCAGGGAAAAAAGAGUUUCUUGUCCAUAGCAGAAGUCUAUAUGUUUGACCUUAAAAGGAUACUCAAAGUGUGCUCAGAGGUCGAUAUGACUGAUAUUUUUUUUGCUUUCAUGCCAAACCAUGAAAUAUUUUACUUCUUUCAGUUGUCCCCGAAAUUUUUCUGAGAUGCUGUAAUAAGAUUUCUCAUUCUUAUUUUGACUGAUAAUCGGGAAUUUAUUCACAUGAUUUUUUUUCUAGUUUUUUCUUUUCAGAAAGAUUUGGCUUUUCGCUACUUUUCUUUGACUGAUUUCAAUAAUUUAUUUUCGUUUAAAAUAGGUCAAGCUCUGUACGCCUAAUUGAUGAUCAGCAGAACAUGGUUUGUGUUUCUUUGGAAAAUACUCUCGUAGAUCAUGGUAUGUUCGAAACUGUUUCUGAGCCUUUCUCUUCCUCUCAACAGAUCGGGGUAGUUCCACUUGAUGAAGCUAUACAGAGGGCCGAAGAUGCAGAGCUUGAUCUGGUAUAGAUUUUUCUAAUGUUAUCUUGCAUUAUGGAUAAAUGCCUCAUUUUUUCUAUUUUUUUUCGUUGAGGUUAAUGUCUGUAGUAAUUUUCUCUAACGGAGACUUCACUCCAGAAUUCUGAAAGUCCUGGAUUUACUGAAAGUCCUCAAUGUGUAUUAAAUUUAUUUUGCAGGUGAUAUUGUCUGCAGAUGCAGAUCCACCUGUCUUGAGGAUAGUUGAUUACAAGUACUAGUCAAUCCUCUCCAUUUUAUGAUUUAGCUCGCGCUGGCACUUCCCUUUAUGCCCAUUUAACUUUAUUACUGGUCUUUGUGCUGUGAGUAAAUGACUUUUUACAUUCAAUCACAUUGCUUAUACAAUCAUACUCAAUCAUGUUGGUGAUAAGCUCGAGUUCAUAAACAUGUUGAUGAUGCAAUAAUGUUCUUUGAUUCUGUCGGUGUUCUAUUGUCUUUGAGUGCCUGGUGGCCUUGUUUAGUGUCUCUAUUGUCUCCUCCUUACUCAUCUUUGUGGUUCCUCCCUCCUCUUGUCCCUCUCCUCCCUCUCUUCCUUAUUUCUCAUCAUCUUUGAUUGUUCCAUGAAUUGGCAGGAACAAGCACACUGGCAUCAUUACCAGUGGGUCUUGCUCACUUUUUCACACAUUUCUUUUGUUUCACAGAUAUCAGAAUCUGGAGAAAUGAAAAACCAACCAAUAACAUGAACGGAGACCCUCCUCUCUUGCUCUUCUCACAUCACUAGUGAAGCCUCCAGUCUAUCCUCUGCUAGUGAUUUUUCCUUUUAUAUCUUUCGUCAACGAAGCCCUCUUGACUCCUAUCUCCAUCUCUUUCCUUCCCAUUUCAAACCGUUCCCUUUUCUCCUUCACAUUCCCUGCCUCUUCUGCUGUGUUUAUUCUCAUUUCCGUUUCUCCCAUGCUUUCCCUCUUUCAUGAAACAUAAGUUUGCAUUUAUCCGAAACAUAUCCUCCUUGCUCACCUUAAAAAGAAGUAUAUUUAUAUUAUUAUGAACCUUUAAAAUGUCUCAGCUUAUGAUUUUUUUGGAGAAAAAAUCAUGUCUUAUGUACGAGUACUUUUGGUGCUUUUUUCUUUUAAAUUUUCAAUGCUGAUCUAUAAUCAGUGAUUUAUUUUUUUUCAUACAGCAAGUACAGGUAUGAACAGCAGAAAAAGAAAAAAGAUCAGCAGAAGAAAUCUGCUGGUGAAUGUCUUCUCCUUGAAAAUUUCUAAAUUAGUACCUUUUCUAUGGCUCAAUUCGAAAUCUUGAGCAUCAGAUUGCUGAAAACUUGAACGUUUUCUUUGUUGUGCAGCAAGUCGUAUGGAUAUCAAGGAAAUAAAAAUGGGGUCAGUCUUGCUGAUCACUGUCCAAGUUCUAUUCAGUUUUUUCGGUCAAAAUGUCAUGUUGAACUGAUCACCGUCUCUACUUCGACCAUAAUCUCUAUCAUUUCUUUUUCUCCAUGGUUUGUUAUUUUGCUUGAUUUUCUCCGGUUUUAUUUACAUCCUGUGAUUUUUUCGCAACCCUUCUUUGCAGUGCAUCUACAAAUUUUUUUCGGAAGGAUGUCUUGCUGGUACUCAUACGAAAUAUAUAUUAAUACAGAAUUGGAAGACAUUAUAUGAGAUGAAUUUAAACUGGGUUUAUCUCGUAUUUAGUGCGAAAAAAAACUUACAAAAUAAUACUUGUCCUUUGGGAAAACUUUUGAGUAUCCAAAGAAUGUAAUAAAGUUUGAUCAUCCCGAGUAUGAAUCAUCAAUAUAUAUCAUGUGACAACGACAAGAGCGAUGCUGGUCUUCCUUUUUUGCUUGUCAAGAAAAAAUUCCUCAAUAAUCUUAAUGCAAAUUGAUUUUUCAAUCAGGGUUUUCUUUACAGCGUUGAAUGGGCAUUUCUUGCCUGUUUCUAGACCAGGUGCAUAAAACUAUAGUAAUCUGCAGCAUUUUAUGCAUUGUAUGUUAUGGAUUUGUUGAAGCCCUUUAUCUCUCCGUAUGUCGGUAAUGUCUGUCUUACCGUUGUUUCUGUUUGUGGCAGGUAUAACAUCGAUUCUCAUGACUAUACUGUGAGGUUGAAAGCUGCACAGAGAUUUCUCAAAGAUGGAGAUAAGGUGGCUGUUAUAUCCUUCAGAUAUUUUUUCUUCUGUAUCUUUUCUUAGAUAGCUGCUGAGACUUGGGCCCUUUCAAUUCUCUGCAGGUUAAGGUCAUGGUAAACCUGAAGAAGCGUGAGAAUGAUUUCAGGGACAUGGCUAUUGAUCUCCUCAAGCGCUUUCAGGAAGAUGUUGGGGAGGUAUUGGCCUUCCAUCACCUUCAUCCUUAAAAGAUAAAUCAAUUAUUCUUGUAUUUUUCUGCUUUUUCGGAAUCUUAUGAACUGAUAAUUCAUUGUUUCUAACGCGUCACCUUAAGAAAGAGGGAUACAUCCGAUUUGAUGUGUUAAUAAUGGCCCAGUUUCACUGUUUCUCACGAGGUCAUUGUUCUCUUUUUUCCCAGAUAUUUGACUGAAAAAUAAUUAAUUUUUUUUGGGUGAUCAUCUCUAUUGAGCAUUUUUGCAAUCUGAGAUGUGGGUUUGAUUAUCAACCUCCUUUUCUCAAUAAUCUCUUCCCUUUGCGAAUUCAUAACUUGGUGCACCGAUAGGUUACUCAUUUUCUCAUAUCUUUGAGGGAAAUUAUUAAACUUUUGUCCGGACCAUCCUCUCUAUUAAGCAGACGCCGGCUAAAAUAUAUGGGUUUUACUUUUUAAUCCUGGUGUUCUAAAUAAUUUCUUCCCCUCACAUAUUCGCAUCUUGGCAUGGAUAAAUUACUUAUUUUCCUUGAUGUUUGACUGAAAAACAACCAAAAACUAUAAACGUGCCGAAAUUCUGUGGAUUUGACCAAUAAAUAUGCCGUUCUCAAUGAUAUAUUCCCCUCACAUUUUCGCAGCUUGGGCAUGGACAAAUUACUUAUUUUCCUAGAUGUUUGACUGAAAAACAAUCAAAAACCAUAUACGGGCAGAAAUUAUGUGGGUUUGACCAACAAAAUCUGCCGUUCUCAAUAAUUUCUUCCCCUCGGGAUAUAUUUUUAGCUUUUCUCAGUCAUUUUAGCUGAAAAAUCGGAGACAUCUGUGUGUUUGACCCAAUAAAUCUGCCGUUCUGAGUGGUUUCUCCCCCUCUGUGCAUUUACCAGCUCGGAACAGAGGAGAGCAAUAAUUUCAGCGACAGGAACGUGUUCAUGGUCCUGGUUCCCAACAAGCUGGUGCUCAAGAAGGUCCAGGAACCCCCGAAGAAGAAGGAAGCCACAGCCACAGCCACAGAGGAGGUUUCAGCCAACGUAUAG